UGUCUAUCCUCCUCCAAAUAUACCAUCAGAGAAACUACGUUUUUCUCUUGGUUUUGUUGAUUGAUUUAUUAUUUAAAGGGUAAUAGGAAUUUAGAAAAAGAAAAAAUCUUAAUGUAUAACUGGAAAUAAAGGGUGAAUGCCUACAGAUGAUAUUGUAAACAAUCCCACAAUGCCUGGCCCAUCCUCAUCGCCCAAACGUCCAUCCAAUCGUCCUGGCAUUAACGUUAGCCAUUCUUCAGCACGUGUGAUGGAUAUUAAUUCGAAUAGAAAACCUCGUGUACCGUAUAAUGCUGUUGUGGGAGACGAUCAAGUUUCUCGAUCUGUGCCAAACGAUCUUAAUCCCGCAUUUGAUACUCUGAGAUAUUUGAGUAUGUCAAGGAAUCCUCAUGGACGUUUCUCGAAUCGCUCACGUCCUUUCCAUCCCCUAGAUCCCAGUCUGCAAGAUGUGCAAAGCUCAGAAGAUGAAUUAACGGAGGAAUCUCGUUUGCUUGAUCAUCAAAAAAGUAAUUCAUAUCAAACAAAUGAUAAAAAAAUUGCCAAAGACGUUAAUAACCCUCCUUCAAUGCCAAGCUCUGUUUGCUCCUCUCCGAAAUUUCAAGCAAAAAAGCUUCCUGAUAAUGAUGACGACUUUCCCGAAAACAUUCCUAUGCCUGUCAGUCAUCCUGAAACCAUCUCAACCCCAUCAAAAGAGGAAUCUCGUCCCGCUAGCCAAGGGGGCGACGUAAGUGACUUUGGUAUCUCUUCUCCACGGUCAUUUGGCAAAUCCCCUAAAUCUUCUUCAAGUCAUUAUGAACAAUUUGCAAAUAACCAGGUUACCGAAGAGACUCAAGAGGGUGUCGAAGAUCGUGACGAAUUGUUCUUACCUAUUUCCACGCAUUAUCUCCGUGAUCCCAAUUUCUCCUUUCUGGAUGAGUGGGCCAGAAAGAUGAAGGAAACUUUUGAUGAAUUUACGGAUGAAGAAACUGACCAGCGAAAGGAGCGCAAUAGGAAAAUGAGCGAACCCUUACUUGUCAAUGGUAGAUAUCGCAUUCGCGAUCGCUGGGCUGAAUUACGAAAGUCUGAGUUUGACCGCCCUUACAGGUUUACGUUCUUUACAGAGGAGCUACCCUCAACAAUCCAUUCUCAUGAGAUGUGGGAACUUACUCAUGAUAAUCAAACGUUCGAAGAUCUUUUCCGUUCCGGCGGAACUUGGUGGUUAGAUGUCUCGUCCCCCAAAGAAGAAGAAGUACGCAUCCUUGCUAAAACAUUUGGUAUUCAUCCUUUGACUGUGGAAGAUAUUACUAUGGAAGAAGAUCGUGAAAAGGUGGAGCUUUUUCGAUCUUACUAUUUUGUCACAUUCCGGUCUUUCAAUCAGCUUCCUUCUGGACCUGAGUAUUUAAAACCGCUGAACUUUUAUCUUGUUGUUUUUCGCGAUGGAAUCAUUACCUUCCAUAUGAACCCAACACCGCAUCCGGCUAAUGUACGUCGGAGAAUUCGCCAACUGAAUGGGUAUUUAACUAUAAACGCUGAUUGGAUUGCCUAUGCCCUAUUGGAUGAUACUACAGAUGCAUUUGCUCCCUUUAUUGAGAAAAUUGAGGAUGAGGUAGAUACUAUUGAUGAGAUUAUUUUGGGAAUUCAUCAUGAGCACGUUUUAGAGGUGAAGCCUCAGGAGAGUAUGCUGAAACGUGUUGGUGAAUGCAGAAAACUUAUUAUGAGCUUACUGAGAUUGCUUGCGAAUAAAGCUGAUGUUGUGCGUGGUUUAUCCAAACGAUGCAAUGAAUCUUGGCAAGUGGCACCUAGAGGAGAGAUUGCUCUUUAUCUUGGUGAUGUUCAAGAUCAUAUAGUAACGAUGGUUCAAAACUUGAAUCAUUACGAAAAAAUUCUAUCUCGAAGUCAUUCUAACUACUUGGCUCAAAUCUCGAUAAAUAUGACACUUGUGUCAAACGAAACAAACGAAGUCCUGUCGCGAUUAACUAUUUUGGGUACAAUUCUAAUUCCUUUGAACCUGGUAACAGGUCUUUGGGGUAUGAACGUUCAGGUUCCAGGUCAAGAUGUUCCUGGCCUUAAUUGGUUUUUUGGUAUUCUUGGGAGUCUUUUACUGUUUGCAGCCUUUUCCGUACUUCUUUGCAAAUGGUAUCAAGUGAUCUAACUCUAUUCUUUAUUUAUUGUUAUUUAUUUAGUGUUUUGGAUAUAAAGUGUGCUUAGGCAACUAUUUCUAUAGUUAGCGGGUUUGAUAUUAAAAGAGCUAUUUUUGUUUGCGUCCAACUUGUGUAAGUUUAUGUGAAAACUUUUAGUGCACAGCCUUCAGUAUUGAUAAUUUUAAAUACUUUUCAAGUGUGGCAUUUAAGCAAGCUAUUCAGAAAAAUACGUACAAUCUUUGUUUGUUAAGGGGACAUAACGGGGGCGUUCUAUUACUGCCUUGAUGUCAUAGUGUUUUCAUUAUUAAGCGACUUGUGCGAUAAAUAAAUGAAAAAAUUACGCCAAAAUAAAUAAUCCAGAUUCCUAAUUGUUUG